UCGUACUUUUAAUUGAUGUAUCAACUGACACGGGUUAGUGACUAGAUUUUUAAAAGAUAAGUACAUAUACUAAAUGCACUUACUGUAUUUAGUUUAUAUAUAUAUAUAUUUGUGUUAAAUGUCAUCUCGUUCCUGUGGCAACUGACUGGUAAAAGGAUUGAAGUUAACUGUGACAUCUUCCAAACAACUUUUUAAAACUGUAAAUAUUUGUUAAUCGAUACUAUUAGAUUGUGAUAACUUGACAAUUUAUUGCACAUUAAUAGACAUUAGUAGACAGAAAGGCAAAGAAAGUUAAAGAACAUAAAAGGAUGAGUCGGCCAUUUAGACCUCAAAACAAAGAUGCAGUUAUUGCUUGGUUUCGUGAUGAAGAAAAAGAACGGAGUGCUGUUUUAGAUCCCCAAACUAAUGAACCUGCAGAAUGGUUUCAUGGUAUUGUUCCUAGAAAGGACGCUGAGAAUAUGUUAACUAGUGAACCUAUAGGAAGUUACUUGGUCAGACUUAGUGAUAAAGUUUGGGGUUAUGUAAUAUCGUAUAGAGCACCAGAUGGAUUUAGCCACUACAUGGUUGAUAGAAUAGAGAACGGAUACCAGUUCCUCUCUGAUCCAUAUGAAUUCAAACAUGCAACUUUAGCAGAUCUUAUCUUAUACCAUGUGAAUAACCCCAUAGCAAGAGAAAGUACAAAGAAGCUUAUCAAACCAAUAGGACAGAUUAAAUCACCACCGGAUUAUCAUUAUCUGUUCAACUCAUGACAUGUAAUAUAUUUUUGUUGAAAAAGCAGAAUACAACAUGCAAGAACUUUAUUUAGAAUUAGAUGACAGAAGAUUUUAGUAUUUGAGCCAAUUUUUAAAUGGAAGAAAAGUAAUUUUACAAGGAACCAGUAAAUCAUUUUAGGUAACCAAUUUUAAACAUCAGAAUGAUAAUUUAAAGAUCUACUAAUUUA